AUGAUUUUCCUUCGUCAUCAUCUGGAUGAAGGAUUGAAGGUUGAAUACCUGACAGUGAAAGAUCCACUUGAAUUGUGGACUGGUUUGAAGGAAAUGUAUGACCACAUUAAGGUAACGGCAUUGCCCAAGGCUCGUUAUGAGUGGAUUCACUUACGGUUACAGGAUUUUAAAACUGUAUGUGAUUAUAACUCUGUUGUUUAUACAAUUACUUCCCAAUUGAAGUUAUGUGGGGAUAAUAUAACUGAUGAGGAUAUGUUAGAAAAGACUCUUACUACUUUUCAUGCCUCUAAUGUGGUAUUACAACAACAGUACCGUGAGAGGAGUUUUAAAUGGCAUGCUGAUUUGAUCUCAUGUCUUCUUGUGGCUGCGCAGCAUAAUACCCUUUUAUUGAAAAAUCAUGAAGCCCGUCCCAUUGGAACUGCUCCAUUCCCGGAAGCAAAUGUGAUAGUAGCACAUGGCCCAGCUGAAAGAAGACAAAAUAAUUGGGGCCAUGAUAAUGAGCGUGGUCGUGGCAAGGGCAAGGGACGAUAUAAUAAUCGUUGUGAUGGUGGUCACCAUAAAAGGGAGAACAAUAUGGGUUAUCAAGACAAUCCUUCAAGGAGCAAUUGUUAUCAUUGUGGUUUGAAAGGUCACUGGAAAAAUGAAUGUCGGGCACCUAAAUAUUUUGCUAGGCUUUAUCAAAAUUCCUUCAAAAGAAAGGCAAAUAGAGGUGGUGCCUCUUCUCCUAAUGCCCGGGUGGAGUCACACAUGACUUUAAAGAAUGAUGAGGAGGCAGGGCCUUCACGAAAAUAUGAUGAUAAUGUUGAAGCUAACUUGACUUUGAAAGAUGAUAAUUUUGAUGGGCUGGAUGAUAUUACUCAUUUGGAAGUUGAAGAUUUCUUUGGAGAUCAAAAUUGA